CGUCAUCACAGGUCCUUUAGCCUACGAGGAAAAAACAUCUACCGUAGUCACAGUGUUAUCAUCUGCCGAAGACUCAGCAACACUCCCCUCUGGAAACAGCACUGCUGCCAGUCACCGGCGGUUGUCCUGCUCCCUGCCAUAUUUGGAGCUGUGAACGGACGUCACUCCGUCCCGCCCACAUAGCGCUUGCUGUUACCUGGGAGACGAGUCUCACACACUGUCAGUAACCGGGGAACAGAGGGGUGAAUCACGUGAUUCCAGAACCGAAACCCCCGAAUACAACAGUUUUGACAUAUGCUUUUGUCUGGACACCCACUGCUUAGCUGAGUCUAGUAAAGGUUCCUUUUGGAAUGGCAACAUUGAGGGGCUUCCCACACUCUUCAGCUUAACAUUUCAACUGUCAAAAACCAUUCACAUGUAUAUCUUAUCCAUACAAUUCAAAAUAUCUGUCACUUCUCAACUGCUACUUGUGGUAGACACACUACUUUGUCGAUCCCUUGAAAAAGCAGAUUGAAAAGAUGAAUCGGUAUUCAACAUUUAAGCAACUUGGAGAUGGCACAUAUGGAAGUGUGCUUUUGGGGAAAAGCAAUGAAUCAGGAGAACUUGUGGCUAUAAAAAAGAUGAAACGAAAGUUCUAUUCCUGGGAAGAAUGCAUGAAUUUGAAAGAAGUAAAGUCUUUGAAGAAACUUAAUCAUGCUAAUGUGAUCAAGCUAAAGGAGGUGAUCAGAGAAAAUGACCAGCUGUAUUUUGUAUUUGAAUAUAUGAAAGAAAAUCUUUAUCAACUAAUGAAAGACAGAGAAAAAAAGAUGUUCACUGAGAAUGAAAUAAGGAACAUUAUGUUUCAGGUGCUUUCUGGUUUAGCCUUUGUACACAAGCAUGGUUUUUUCCAUCGAGAUAUGAAGCCAGAAAACCUUCUAUGUAUGGGUCCAGAGCUUGUAAAAAUUGCUGAUUUUGGAUUGGUACGAGAGCUGCGAUCUCAACCACCUUAUACAGAUUAUGUGUCUACCCGAUGGUACAGGGCUCCUGAAGUGUUAUUAAGAUCAUUGGCAUACAGCUCUCCCAUAGACAUAUGGGCAGUUGGUAGCAUUAUGGCUGAGUUGUAUACACUUAGACCACUUUUCCCAGGGACGAGUGAGGUUGAUGAAAUCUUCAAAAUUUGCCAGGUUCUAGGAACACCAAAGAAAAGUGACUGGCCUGAAGGAUAUCAGCUUGCAGCUUCCAUGAAUUUCCGCUUCCCUCAGUGUGUACCUAUAAACUUAAAAACUCUCAUCCCAAAUGCUAGCGAAGAGGCAUUAACUCUUAUGAAAGACAUGCUGCAGUGGGAUCCCAAGAGACGUCCCACAGCUUCUCAGGCUUUGAGGUAUCCUUACUUUCAAGUUGGUCAAGCACUUGGACCUCCAGCACAAGUGGAGCAGAAAAAAAUCUUAGAUAAACCAGUGCACGCCAAUGAACCCCAGCCAUUAUCUGAGAUAAAAAAGAAAUCUUCCCCGCCAACUGAAGCACCAGAAAAGAUUUUACCAAGUGACUCGCCUGCCUCACACAGACCACUGCAACAAAUACAGGUGCCGCAAAACACUACUAACAACCAGCUGCCAUGCAAAGCUCCCCAAGUGACACUCCCCAACAUCAGUAAAGCCAUGUCUCCAAAGCCAGUAAUGAAUGGACCACAGAACAAUGCUGUUAACCUUAAACACGGAAGAAGACGCUGGGGCCAGUCUGUUUUAAAAGACAGCUGGGAUGAAUUUGAUACAGACUUUGGUAUUUCAUUUUCUAAGAAGCCCACCAUGACUAUGGUCAAAGAGAACAAAAAUGAAGACACUUCAUAUGGUUUUACAGAUGCUGUUUCCACUGGAGAAUUCAAUAAAGGUUCUUCAAAUGUGGGUUUUGUAAGAACAGAUUCCGGAUUAACAACGUCUGCAAAACAACACUAUCUAAGACAGUCAAGAUACCUACCAGGUAUGAACCCAAGGAAUGUAGGGUUUGUAUCUGCUAAUAAAGAAGCAAAUCAUUCUACCUGGGGAAGCGCAUUACCCACCAAACCACUUGCUCCUAUAGGUGGAAUUACAUUUAAUAGGAACAAUGCAGGAAAUUUCGGAGGACCUGUAGGGCCUUCAUACAAUAUAACAGGAGGAUACCUCCCUUCAUUUCAUAAGAAGGAAGUUGGAUCAGCAGGACAGAGAAUACAGCUUGCACCAAUUGGGCCUGCAACAACUUUGCCUGUCAACAAUGAUGCUGUGAACAGUAAGCCAAAAAUUAAACCAAAACCUACCUGCCAAAAGGCAGUUAUUGAGAAUAUCCCAGAUUAUGACACAUGGAAAACAAAAGCUGCGCAUUCUCAGUUUCCUGCUUCGGCUUACAAACCAGCAGCAAAAAACCUUGUUGUAAACCGCCAACAACCAAUCCAGCCGAUCCAUGGAAGAACAGACUGGGUUGCCAAGUAUGGUGGUCAUCGCUAGAAGAAGCGUCAAUGAACAUUUUCCACAGAGGAGACUUUUGUGUAUAGGAUUCCAUAUCUGUAUAAAUAUAGCUGCCAAACCUCCAAAGAAGUAAUGCAUAGUUAAUGCACUGCUAUAUCAUAGGAGUUGUGCAGAAAAUGCAACACAGAUGCAUUGUUUUAUGUUUUGAUAUUAGUCUACAUAAAGUCCCCUUUUUUCAUAUAAAUAAGAUUUUAAAGAUCUAGGUCUAAGGGAAUUAGACAUGAGCGAAAUUACAGUGAUUCGAUACGAUCGGCGGUUGCUGACUUUAGCCUGCAUAAAUUAGUUCAGCUUUCAGGUGCUCCGGUGG